AUGUCGACGCUAGCAGCCGCGCGAGCCGACAACUUCUACUACCCGCCGGAAUGGACGCCGGAGCAGGGCUCGCUGAACAAGUUUCAGGGACAGCACCCGCUGAGGGAACGAGCCAAGAAGCUGGGAGAUGGCAUUCUCGUCAUCAGGUUUGAGAUGCCGUUCCACGUGUGGUGUGGCGGGUGCAAGGCCAUGAUCGCCAAGGGCGUGCGCUUCAACGCCGAGAAGAAGCACAUCGCCAACUACCUCUCCACCAAGAUAUGGAGUUUCAAGAUGCGCUCAGCGUGCUGCCAGCACGAGAUUGAGAUCCACACCGACCCCAAGAACUGUGACUACCUUGUGGUGAGUGGAGCAGAGCGCAAGGCAGUGGAGUACGAUGCAGAGGAUGCCGGCACCGUGGAGCUGCCCUCCAAAGAGGAGCGGGAGCAGCUGUUGGAUCCGCUGGUGCGGUUGGAGCAUGGGGGCCGUGACCGCAAGAGGGCAGCAGCAGCGGCACCCACUCUAGCGGCCGUGAAGGCUGCUGCCGACACCAAGCAUGCCGACCCCUUCCGCCUCAACCGCGUGCUACGCUCCCAGCUCCGGGAGCGCAAGAAGCGGGUGGCAGAGGAGGAGGCAGAGGCGCGCAGCAGGGGGCUGGCGAUUCGGCUGCUGCCGCCUUCACAGGCGGACAGUGCAGCAGCUGCAGCAGCGCCCUUUGCACACCGUUUUGACCACAACCGAGCAGAGAAGCGCGCUGCCAUUCGCAGUGCUUCCAUCUUCUCCCCCUCUGCUGCUCCCUCUGCCGCUCCCUCUGCCGCUCCUGCUGCUGCUGGUAGCUCGUCACAUAAGCGGCAUAAACUAGAGGGCAAGCAGCAAGCUACUGUGGCGCACAGGAGCAGCGGCAGCAGCAGGAGCAGCAGCAGAAGCAGCAGUGGGGAGAAGAAGGCGGACUUGGCAAGAAAGGCGGAGCUGCUGGCAAAGAGGCGGCGGAUAGAUGUGCAGGGCGUGCUGGCACUCACACGAGGGCAGCUGUGA